GAACUUGUAUAUGGUGGUGCUUCCUUCCGCCCUUUGUGAUUGUUACGUCCUACACAUUACGACUCCCGUUGCCCUACCUCACUUGAAGCUCAUCGCUUUCACAGGCAUCAGGUAACCAUUAAAGCUCCAUAGACAUCAACAUGGAGUCUAUGGAUUACAACUACUUUGCGUCUGCGCCGCAGCCCUACCAAUACAUGGGCUUCGGCGCCGAGAUGGGCGGCCUUCCACAGGCAAGCAAUGACGGGCUUGGAGCUACUCCCAGCUUGGAGCAUGUCGAUGCAGGCUCUUUCACACUCGAAUCAUUCGACUACAACUUCGAUCCAUCACUCGGUACAGGAUUCACAGCUCAGCCGAAUGCGGCAGGUUCGCAAUCACCACCGUCGCAACAGCUCUCAUCUUUUCCCAAUGGGUCCGUGGAUAGUGGAAUAGCUAUGGACAUGGAACACGAGCGAACGGACAGGCGAGGCAGUAGCGAGGAGAAAGACACACUCACUCCAGCGCAAUCAAGACGGAAGGCUCAAAAUCGAGCAGCACAACGCGCAUUCCGGGAACGAAAAGAAAGGCACGUUAGAGAUCUGGAGGCAAAGCUCAAUCUCCUCACCACUACUACAUCCUCACUACAAUCUGACAACGAGCGGCUCAAACUCAUGCUCCAGCGAGCCGAGACCGAAAACGAAAUCUUGAGAGCAACAGCAUCUUCAUCACCGACGAGACACCAUGCUCCCGGAUUCGUCGACGAUCCAAGUCUCCUACCCGGAUCACGCCAAGCAAAGACCUCCUCCCCUUCCACAAGUCCACGUCUAGAUUCCACACGUCUGAGAAACGGCCUCUUCUCCACCGAAUCUUCAUCCUCACCUAUCAAACACGGAAGCUCACCUGGCAGCAGUGAGAGCCACCUUCUUUCCGCAAGCGCAACUUGGGACCUUUUGCAAUCACAUCCUCUUUACUUAUCCGGCGCUGUCGAUAUCGGAGAAGUGUGCGAACGUUUGAAGAAAAUGGCGAGAUGUGAUGGGAUGGGACCGAUGUUUGAGGAGGAUGAGGUUAGGAAGGUCAUUGAGGAGGUGGGGAGGAGUGGGAGUGAUGAACUCAUAUGACUAUGACGGUGAAUGAUUGUGCAGCGGAUUUUUUUUUCGUCUGCGGCUCUAGAGGUUCUGGAAAUCUGCAGUAAUGGCGAAAGGUGGGAGGAGAAAUUGGAAUAUACCCAGCAGAAUGCCUGCAAGUUUGAUGUGCGUGUUUUAGCGAGGAGUGGGAAGUGGGAGGCUAUAGAUGUAGUUCAAGUCGCUUUUGCGGUUUAUACAGACUAUUAUUAGAUGUUACGAUUCAUGAUAGACAGAACAAAGCGUCCUGUGGUGCAUACAGGAAGGCUAAAUUAUAGAGCUGUUAUGUG